AUGUCGGCGUCGUCGCGCAGCCAGAGCUCCUCCCCCGAUAUCCUGGGUCCUCCAGGCGAUGCCCAAUAUUUGAUCUCAUCGCCCAUUAAGCCUUUUGCGGGGCGCCAAAGCUGGAUGUCCCCUAUGGUAGCCAAAUCACGAACUCCAGCCAAGGGACCGCGACCGCGCGUCAGCCUCAGUCCCGCGAAAAGCGCGCAUUCCAUUCAAUUCAACGAUGUUAUACUCCCCGGGUCGCCGACAAUGAGGUUCAAUGGUGGUCGGCAGAGGUCGCUCUCUCCGGAGAAACUCCAGGAGGGAAAUGUUAGCCCGUGGCGCAUCCGACUCACGCUCGAAGCGACACAAGAUGAAGAUGACGAGAACCGGGGUAGCCCGUCGCGCAAACGAUUAAAGCCCUCAACUACGACAACGAUGAUACCAUUAAAGGACGAGAGGAGUCCAUUGAAAGAGAAGACGCCCUUAAAGCGGCGAGGGCGUCCACGAAAGUCUGACAUAAAUUUGUCCCCGUCCCUCAGGGGCGCUGGACAGACCCCUCGCCCUGGACAUACUCCUGGGCCGGGGCAUGCUCCUGGGACACAAGUUGGUAAUUCUCAGCCACGCAAAAGAGGCCGGCCACGGAGCACGCCCAAACCCAAACCACAAGAUUUCCAGCUGCUGGAUGAUCACCCAACGCCCACUGUGGAAUAUGAACAUCCCUUUAGUCCGAUGGAUAUCAUUCCCAAUAGUGAUUCCCGUCAAGCCCAGCAAUCCAGCCCGAAGGACACCACGACCAAUGAAGCUGGUCCAGGCCAACGUGAAUACAGUCCGAUGGAUACUAUAGCUAGUGAAACCGGCCUAAGCCAACAACGAUUCAGUCCGACGGAUUCUUUCGCUGGGAGCAAUGCGCACGCCAGUCCCUUGAAUCUCGUAGGGGAUGCGGACUCCGAAGAUGACUCUUGGGGGAACUCAGACAUGUCAAUUGCAGAGCUUCCCGACCCAACUGAGCCGGUCACGGAAGAUCAGGGCAAUCUUCGCCGUGAGUACGGCCGAACGAGUCUGGAGACGCCUGUUAUCGGAGCUACGGAACAUCACUUUCUGGAUGAUGAAAACAUCCACUCUACCCCUUCGAAAAUGCCAUCACCUACACGUGAGAGAGCAAUCUUGUCAUCGAGAGCUUCUCCUCACAAUACCGCCAGCCCACAAUCGCACAAAUAUCCGACUCCGACCCCCACGUCUUCGCUGGCCGAUGAAGAAAAUCAGACCCAACGAGCCGACAUGGAUCAUCCCCCACGGAUAGAACCCCAUCAUGCGGAAACUGAACCCGUUGAAGAUCCCGCAGACGAGUACGAGGAAUUUGACACUAUCAUGGAAAGUGAAGGGUUCACUAUGAUUUCCCUUGAUACACUCCCAUCAGCCAAGCAGCAUGGAUUCGGCUCCAGCGCUGUGACAGACGGUGGUCCCAAACCAAAGGAAGUGGGAGGACGAUUGAAACGCAAACUUCCCGCAACGAUCGAAGACCUCCGAGGUGAUUUGCGCGCUCAAAAGUCAUCCAGUUCACUCUCUACAGCCCUACGUCCUGGGUUAUACGAAAAUCCUAGCACCGAUAUUCCGGAGAAGCGCUCUGCACAUGCGACUGAGCGGCAAUCUAUGAACUACGUGAAUGAGAUUGCCUACCCUAAACUCCCUGCCGCAUCGUCUCCUGCUAAACCAACAAUUGUUCCGAAGAAGAGCACAUUGACCAGCUUGGCCAAACUUGUUCGUCUUAGCUUGGCUCUGCAAGGUCCCUUUAGGCCUCAAGAAGAUGAGUGGUCAGGCAAGAGUAAUGCUCGUCACAAAAGACGUCGGUUGGAGGGUGUUUUCAGCACAUUCAACGCUGAAACCCAGCGAGAACUCCGAGCUGCUAUGGGGCUGGGGCAGGAGCUUGCUAUGCGUCGAAUGCUCGCCGAGGAAGAUGAGGCUGCGGCCAUAGCAGCAGAUCAUGAAGCAUCUCGUCUCCAGGAGGAACAAGAAGAACAAGAAGCACGUCACUAUAACGACUUCAACGACGAAGAAUUGGAAGAGCAGGAGCAUGAUCAACCCGUCGAAGCCGACGUCGAGACGCAAGACGUAUACACCGAACCGUCACAUUCCAAGCCCAAUACCUGGGUGCAGCAAAGCCCAAUGUCCCACCGAAAGGCACAGCGGGAGGCACAAUGGCAGCUUGAACGAGAAGCAGUCAGCGGCCAGGCCCAGAUGGCUUCGAACUCACGGUCGGUCGUUUAUAUUGAUAGCGAUGAAAAUGAAGAUGAUGGGGACGUCGGACGUGGAUAUGAACAGCGAUUUGAAUCCGAGACCGGAAAUGGGUUUGAUGAGAAUCCCAAAGAUUCUGCGCCUGAGUCCGUACCAGAACCAGCAUAUGUGCUCCAAGAUGUUGAACUCGAGCCCGAGCCCUUAGAAGAUGAGGAUGAUGGUUAUGAUGAUAUUUGGCAGCUCGAAGCCAACGAGCACAGCCAUAUCUCACAAAACUCCAAGGAUGAUCAUGUUCAGUCUCCCCCGCAGCCGCUUGCACGUCCUUUGGGCAACCUUCCAAUUUCCGCGGAUCAAGACUACAGGAGCUUAUCACCUUACGCUACUUCAGAGCAUGAUUAUGUAGCGCGCUUUGGCCCGUCUAAAGUUCGCGAGCUCCGUGAACAACAAGUCGAUUUGUCUGCUCUGCUUGCAGAAGAGGAUACACCAAACCGCGCAAGGUAUUACAAUGGAACGAGUACACCACGGAAUUUACUCGCCCAGCAAUCAGAGACACAAAAUUCCACAAUCAAUAGUUCUGUCAUGAAGGAUCCGGUAUCGCGCACGCCAGCGCGUAUUCGUUUACAACCUCUCUCCCAGUCCAGCCCCGAUACUCCCAACCCACGGCUCCCCAAUUCACAAAACGCGUUCCUCGACAGCAAGACGUCACCGAAGGCUGCGCAAAAAAGCCCGCUUACGCAAGAACUAUUGGAAGAAGAUCAUGACAACACCAGUGUUCCUAAUUCCGCCUUCACCCAGUCGGAAUCUGGCAACGUUGAUUCUGCCUCCACCCCACUACCUCGUCAGCUCGACAGGGAGGAGCCAGCAUCAUCCUGGUUCAGUAAAUUAACCAGUUUCACCCCGCAAUGGCUGAAAGCUCCCACCCGUGACAGAAGCUCAAGCGUAAGUACUAUCCCGGAGGAAGCAUCCGACUUGGACGAUGAAGAGGAAAUGGCCAGCAUUGAAUCUGCGAAGGGGCUUGACGGACAUCUCCAGGAUGAGCCGCUCUCAAAGAUAGCGAGCCAAUCACGCGCGAGCCAUUGGAGACAGCCGUCACCAUCCCAGUCUCCCCAGAUACAGCAAGAUCCUCUCCCCACAAUGGAAGAAGAGGAUGACCUAAUACACGAGAGAAGUGUUUCUAGAGACCUCUUAGAAGAAGAGGAGGUGUCCGUUUCUGAGCGGAGUGUCUCGCAAAAUCUCUCGGAGAAUGCAGAGCCGGUGAACCACCAGGAUGGGUCGUCUCCAGGGCCACGACCACUCGCUAUCUUCGGGUACUUUUCCGACGAGCAUUACGCCGCGCUUCGUCGUAUCUACCGAGUUGCCAAGCGGUACCCUGAGCACUUUGAAUACUACGAUGCUCCAGGGCGGGCUGCCAUCAUCGGUGAUUGGAUAUGGACCUCCGAUGGUCAUCACGGGGUACCCAUCACAGAGAUCCAAUUUGCCAUCAUCGAUCGCUUUGCCCACGAGCUUUCUCGCGCUGACAUCCAAUAUGGUGGCAGCGGACGGAUCGAUUGGACAGAAGCUGAUCUGCAUCGGAGACUGAUUAGCAUCAUUAUUGGUGAGCAGAUCCGAGAGGAAAGAAAGGCCAAGGCCAAUCGCGGUACUUCGGUGGAUACAUGGCGAUGA